GUUGUCUUCAAAGAUGUCGUUUCUUUAUAAAAGAACGACAUGUCGUUUAAAUUGGAUUAUGUUAGCUGAAUUGCUCGAUGUCGAUGAUGGCAGCAGCAGCAGCAUAGCCGUUAUCCGACCCACGAGUCCAUGUGGGUUCCAUAGCUGAAUUUCAUGGGCGUUUCUUAGUGCUUCUUUGUACUGUAGAUUGUAGUCUUAUCAUUGAGAUUUAGCUAUGAAACUUCAACGCUUUCCCACUUUGGCUGCCAUUUCAUCCUCUAAACGCUCGCUUUAUUCCAUUUCCGGCCAACUACCUCACACACGGCAGCCACAGCCGCAGGGAAUUCCCAAAGUUAAAUUAAGUCGUGAAGAGUUUGUGGCAGCAUUGCUUGAUAGAAGAUGGACAUUGCCAAAACCUGAUACCAAAAUCCAGCAAAUAAUAUUAUCUUCAAAGAAAGUAACACACCCUUUUCUUGAAAUGAUUGAGAAGGAAAGCCAAGAACCAUCUUUCUAUGUUGUGAGGGAUGAUUUGUUGCAUCCAUUAGUAAAUGGCAAUAAAUCAAGAAAAUUGGAUGCAUUGUUUCCUCUUGUGGAAGAUCAUUUGGUGACAGAUGUGGUUACAUGUGGAGGGUGUCAAAGUGCACACGCAGCAGCAGUAGCUGUUUCUUGUGCAGAGAGAGGAAUAAAGUCACAUUUGCUUUUACGCGGGGAGCAGCCUGAAAUUCAGACGGGCUAUAACUUGAUAUCGUCAUUAUAUGGAAAUGUAACUUACAUUCCAAGAUCUGUAUAUGCUGACAGAACAAAGAUGUUAAAGAGCCAUGCUGAUUAUGUGGCAGGAAGUAGUGGCCAUGUUCUUUGGUUUGAUGAUAUUUUGGAGGCUUCUCUAACUCAAAACAAUUUAAGUUCAGAAUCUGCACAAAAAAAAGCUUGCAAAGAUGACAAUACAAGAAGGGUUGUUAUUGUUAGUGAAGGUGCUGGGGAUGUUGUAGCUUUACUAGGUUCAAUUCGUCUAGUGCAGUAUUUAUCUCAAGAUCACUUAUUUGGAAAAGAAAAGGCAUUGAAACUUGUUGUAGAUGCUGGAACUGGGACAACAGCUGUUGGUUUAGGAAUUGGAACAAUUUGCUUAGGGCUCCCAUGGGAGAUCACUGCUGUAAUGCUAGCUGAUACAAUUGAGGGUUACCGACAACAAGAGAAACACUUGAUUUCCAAUUUCAAGAGGCAUUUUGAUUUGGAUUCCAUAGGAAUUGGAUUGGAUGAUAUUCUAGAGAAUGGUAUUGUGGAUUGGGUAGAACGUCACAAUCCGCGAAAAUUUGGAAAUGUAUUGAAAGGGGAGAUAGAGGCCUGCCAAGACAUAGCACAGACAACUGGUGUCUUACUUGAUCCCAUGUAUACUCUUUCUGCUUGGGAAAUGGCAACAAAACUCAGUCAAAAGGAAACUAAAAGGGACACCAAAGUGGUAAUGCUUCACACUGGAGGCACUUUGGGCAUGUUUGGAUUAGCACAGAGGUAUAGAUCAUACUUUUCUAAUCUCAAAUCAUAAACUCAUUUAGAGAGACACAAACACAGAUUCCAUAUAACUAACAUGUUUUUUCACCUCUUAAUUAACAUGUCAUUAAUUAUUUUCAGUACAAAAUAGUUUAGGAUUCCAAUUCUAACCAAAAGAAAAGCAAGCCUAGUUAAAUAAUAACAAUGAAACCAGAAUUGUAUGAUCACUUUAAAGGAAUUUGGGAGUUGGUAUCCUUGUUCUUAUGGUACUUGUUUGUUGUUUAUUCAUAAUCGUUUGUAAUGGACUUUGUUCUUUGUUUUUAUAUAUGAAAAUAUAUUUAUAUAUAUUAUGCAACUCCAA